AUGCUGAUCCGAAUCGUAGAUAGAUUGAGCGAUCUACUCGAAAUGGACGUUCUAUGGACCGUUUGGACCCAAAGACCAUAUGUGUGCUUUGGAAGGGGGACGAGCGCAACGCGGGGAGCAGCUGAGAAUCGCAAUGGACCCUUCGUCGGAGUGUGGGAAGAUUUGUUAGGGGCACGUGACGCGCGAGCGGUCACAUCAAGGAACGUGGGAACGGCAACAGAAGUGUGA